UAUCGGUGUAUGGCUGAACAAAAUGUCAUCAUGAAGACCACCUGGUGAUUAGAUUGUUCCAAGUCAGUCAGAGACAAAAACAAGCGUUCAAGAGGCACAACUCUCUGGUUGUGACGGGGUGAAGACAAUGUCUUCGACAGGACGGAUUCAAACGGUGCUAGGGCCGCUCGCCCCAUCAGCCCUGGGUGUGACGCUCUGCCACGAGCAUCUCUCCAUCGAUAUACGAUACUUCGUUGAGAAGUCACAACCGCCAGAGCACAUCAAGCACCUCAAAUAUUUACCUUUUUGUCUUGAAAACGUUGACAAACUAAAAGACCAUCCCUAUUUUAACGUUGACAACAUGCGAACUGAUGAUGAACAUGAUGCCAUCUUAGAAGAGUUGAUAUAUUUUAAGAAAAACGGCGGCGCAACUAUCGUAGAUAAUUCCACAGUAGGAAUGAAGAGGGACGUGGAAGUCUAUCGAGAGUUCGCCAGGAAGACGGGUGUGAACGUGGUCGCCGGGUCCGGGUUUUAUCACGAGCCUGGCGUAGCGGCGUCUCAGCCAAGUGUCCUUGCUAUGGCGGUGGAGGAGAUGAGCGAAGUGAUGCUGAAAGACCUGACGGAAGGAUGCGACGGGACGGAUAUCAAAUGCGGCGUGAUUGGUGAGGUUGGAUGCUCGUGGCCUUUAACCGAUUUUGAGAAAAGGAACCUCCGCGCCACGGCAGAGGUGCAAGCGGCGACGGGAUGUCCAGUCAUUCUGCACCCCGGUCCCAACGGAGACGGGGCAUUCGAGAUGGUCAGAAUAUUGCAGGAGGCUGGUUGUGACAUCAAGAAAACUGUCAUGUCGCAUCUAGACAGGACAAUCAUCGACUACGAUGACCUUGUCACUUUCGCUCAAACUGGUUGCAUUUGCGAAUAUGAUAUGUUUGGAUGCGAGCAAGCUUACGAGGGACAACCGUGGUCAUUCAAUAUGCCCGACGACGACGAAAAGGUGCGACGGGUCAAACAUUUAUGCGACGAGGGAUUCGAGGACAAGAUUACAGUAGGACAUGACCAUCAUUCCAAGCACUCAUUGAUGAAAUACGGAGGACACGGCUUCUCGCAUAUCCUUCUCAACAUAGUACCGAAGAUGCUGAAGGUGGGAAUAACUCAACAACAGAUCGAUAAAAUACUCAUUCACAAUCCAAAGGAGUGGCUCACCUUUAAAUGCUGACCUUAUGAUAGAAACGUACUGAACAUGUAUCAAUCAGCCCGUGCUCUUAGGUCGGCGGAAAAGGACCUGCUGUGUCCUCCGCGUUUCAAGUCUGCGAACUUUGGAGGUGGUGCAUUUUAGAAUCUAGCACCAACUCUGUGGAAUGCACUUAACAUGGACCUCAGAAACAGUGACUCAUUAGAUUGUUUUAGAAAAGGACUAAAGACACUUCUAUACAGGAAAUACUUUCAGUGACUCUGUGAGGGGGGCGCAUUUGAACAUUCAAUUUCCUGAGUGGGAAUUGCGCCUAAGAAAUGUAAAUUUGAUUGAUAGAUGAUUGAUACUCAAACGAGGAUUGAGCAUUGUCUCAUCAAAAAACGGAAGAAUGACUCGGCAACAGAUACACUCAUUUAAAACCCAAAGGAAUGUCUGACCUUCACAUGCUGAUCAACGAGGUCAUACUCCAGUCGAAAACCAAAGGAAAAUGGUCAACCUGCAUAAACUAACAUUCAUCGAGCCAAGCGCUCUCAUUUAUUUGAAGCACAUUUUCAUCUCAUUUUGGAGAGCAUCCAGUCGUACCUGGUGUCUUCCCAAUGGCGUUCCCCUUUAAGAGGUGGAACAAAAU